AUGGCGAAAUUACAGGCCGCAACCGUUCCCAACAAGGUAGUACAAAAGCGCAAGCGGAAAGAUCUAGAAGAUGACGAUCCACCCGCAAUUGAAGCCAAUCUCGAAGCUACCUCAAGCACGUCUACUAUUCCCACAAAGACCUACGACGGCGGCACAAAGCCAAGACGAACUCCAAAGUCCAAACCGGCUCCUAAACUUGUGCAUGAAGGCUCAUCAUCGUCGGUUAUAGUCACAAGUACCAUUCCUUGGCCACCCUUCAUCCAAACUCUCGAGAAGACCCAACGCGCAUUAAACGUAGUCUUUACGUUCUGCUCUACCCGCAAACACGUCAUUACAACCUUUGCCACUCUAAAACCUGCCGUAGAAGGGCAUAUAAAGCGGGAACUCAAGGUUGAAGAUAUAGCGAAGAUUGUAGCCUUGCGCCCUGGAGGCAUGAACUUUGCAUACGUAGACGAGGCGAUGUUGCAGGUUGAUGUUAGAGGGUCAGAGAGAGAUGAGACUUUUAAGGGGAGGUCAAAAGAUUGGUUCUUUGCAAAUCCGCCGCCGGACGCUUCGGUUGGUGGGGUUACUGGUGCUCAAGGGCUGGGUGAUGGCGAUGGAGUUACCGGAAACGGAGAGGAAGUCCUGUUUUUCGAAUUCGUCGAUGGGGAUUUGAAACCCCAGGUUCAGAAUAAGAAGGCCGGGGAGGCGAACAAAACAACGAGGAAGUCCAAGGACGAGGAUCUGAAGAUGCCCGUGUUCAGCCAGGAACAGAUGAUGGAUUUGAUUGAGAAACGGAAUUCUAGGUUUGAGAGUGCCAUUAACGACUUUCUGAAUCGCUGCGAUUCGGAAAAUAUAGACCCUGAAGAGACGCUGAGGCAGCAGGCGGAAAGUUAUAUCCCUGUACCAAGUUAUUCUCGCAGCAACACACCAAACUCCGACCUAAGUAUGCUUCCGAAAAGCAUUCCCGAAGAGCGCAAAUCAGUAUCUGAAAUUGUCGGGGAACUAAAACAAAGUCUUUGGUACACGGGACAGAUUGUACCUGACGGACAUCGAGUUUUUGAUCCCCAGGAAGCCAUAUAUGGAGACUUGAAUUUCCGGCUCAGCCAGAACCUGGUAAAUGCGCUUUAUAAUACUAAGAGUAUUACGCGGUUUUAUUCCCAUCAAGCUGAAGCUAUCAAUAAUCUGCAUGACGGUCACAAUGUCAUUGUUGCCACCUCCACAAGUUCAGGGAAAUCCUUGAUCUAUCAACUCCCUGUCCUGCACGAGCUCGAAAAAGAUCCUAACACAAGAGCCAUGUAUAUAUUCCCCACAAAAGCUCUCGCCCAAGAUCAACGACGGAGUCUUAAAGAGAUGUUGAGGUUUAUGACGGGACUUGAAGAUGUCAUAGUCGAGACAUUCGAUGGAGACACCGAUAUGAGGGAUCGAAACCUUAUCCGAGACGAAGGGAGAAUCAUCUUUACCAACCCAGAUAUGCUCCACAUCACCAUACUCCCUCAUGAGGAAAAGUGGCGCACUUUUCUCAAAAACCUCAAAUACGUUGUCGUCGAUGAGGUCCACGUGUAUAAUGGAUUGUUUGGCUCACAUGUUGCGCUCAUAAUGCGCCGCUUGCGGAGGAUAUGUGCGGCGGUAGGAAACCGCCAUAUCAAAUUCAUUUCCUGCUCUGCCACGGUUGCAAAUCCCGAAGAACACUUCAAAACGAUCUUCGGCAUCGAGGAUGUGCGGAUGACAGAUUCUGAUGGCUCGCCUUCAGGGCGAAAGGAGUUCUUGUGCUGGAACACACCUUUCAAAGAUCCCAAAGAUCCGUCGAGUGGUCGGGGGGACACACUGAAAGAAGCGUCGCGGCUAUUUUGCCAGUUGAUAUUGCGGGGAGUAAGGGUGAUAGCAUUUUGCAGAAUAAGAAAGGGCUGCGAAGUCUUAGUUAGUGCUGUGAAGCAAGAACUGGUAGCUUUAGGAAGACCGGAAUGUAUGGCUCGAGUUAUGGGUUACAGAGGAGGAUACACUCCUCAAGACCGAAGACGGAUUGAGAGCGAGAUGUUCGAGGGGAAGCUGAUGGGCAUUGUUGCCACCACGGCUCUUGAGCUUGGCGUGGACAUUGGAUCGUUGGACGCUGUGCUUACCGUUGGGUUUCCAUACUCGAUUGCAAAUUUACGGCAACAGAGCGGCCGAGCUGGUCGAAGAAACAAGGAUUCAUUAUCGGUUCUUCUUGGGGACUGCUUUCCAACGGAUCAAUAUUACAUGCAGAAUCCGGAUGAGAUAUUUACCAAACCAAACUGUGAGCUGCAAGUUGACCUUCAGAACAUGCUGGUCUUGGAGGGGCACGUGCAAUGCGCUGCAUAUGAAAUGCCUAUUCGCCCGGACGAAGAUGCGGCCUACUUUGGAAAGAAUCUACGAGAAAUUGCCGAAGAAAGAUUGGUUAAGGACGAACUUGGAUUUUACCACUGUAAUGAUCGCUUCCGCCCAGUCCCAUCGAAAUUUGUUGCGAUUCGGGAUACGGUGGAGGACCAUUUUGCCAUUGUGGAUGUCAGCCAUGGGAAGAAUAUUGUAUUGGAAGAAUUAGAGGCGUCCCGGGCAUUCUUUACCUUAUAUAACGGAGGUAUCUUCCUCCAUCAGGGUAACACAUAUCUCGUCAAAGAGUUCAACUCAGAGAGGAAGAUCGCCAAAGUCGAGCUAGUGCGUGUAGACUGGACAACACGGCAACGCGAUUUUGUAGAUAUCGACCCGGUUGAAACCGAAGCUAUAUGCCGCAUCCCCAAAUCCCUCUCGCGCGCCUUCUACGGCAAGAUCAAAAUUCAACAGACAGUUUUUGGCUUCUUCAAAAUCGACAAGAAGGGCAGUAUCCUCGACGCAGUACAAGUCGAUAACCCACCCAUUGUCAUCUUCAGCAAAGGCAUGUGGCUCGAUGUCCCGAAACAAGCAUUAGAUAUACUACAGGAGCGACGCCUCAACAUCGCGGGUGCAAUUCAUGCUGCCGAACAUGCUGUUAUGAGUCUAAUGCCAAACUUUGUGGUAAGCAUGCCAGGCGAUGUAAGGACAGAGUGUAAAGUCGGAGUCAAGGAAUUCGCGCAACGGGAAACAGCUCGGAAACGACCUGCCCGCCUCACAUUCUACGACGCGAAAGGCGGCGUCUCUGGGUCAGGAAUCAGCACCAAGGCUUUCGAAUUCAUACAUUUGUUGCUCAAGCAAGCGCUGAGGAGAGUUGAAGCUUGUUAUUGUCUUGGGGGCUGUUUAGAAUGUGUGACUAGUGAGAACUGUCAUCACAAUAAUGUGGUUAUGAGUAAGGUCGGGAGUGAAGUUAUCUUGAAGAGUUUGCUGAAUUUAGAAAUUGAUGUAGAGGCGCUGCCGAUGGGCCCAGAAACCGGGAGCCCCUCUGGAGUGGAGACGGUGGUUCUGGCGGAGACUAUUUUACCCAAAGGGAGGAAUCUGGAUGCUGUGGAUGUUGAGAGGGGCGCCGCUGAUCGUACUGAGCAGGUGGGGAUCAAGGAUGAGCUUAACGAGUGA